GACAACGAGGCCACAAAUUUGCCCCGGUUUUCCACCCAACCCGAUUUCCUUUCCCCUCCCUCGACCAGCUGCAGGUGUCAUCAGUGCGACACCAGAGCCGGAGGGACCCGGGCCGGAUCCGCCACUUUCCCUUCCGCCCCCACGCUAAUCCUCAACCCGCGGCGCGGUGGCCUAAGUUUCCGGAGCCGACCAGAUUCUCGAAUUCUGCGAGCGUGAAAGAAUCAGGGAUUUGAAUGUUCGGUCUCUAAACCUAGGAUGGAAUCAGAAGUGGUAGAGGCAGAGUUGGUGCUGCCAACACACCUGAGCUUCAAGAAGGUACAGAUGUAUGAAAAGUACCCAAAGGGUCAGUCCAGAGGCCGCCACUGGAAGCACUUGAAGCAGAUCCUCCAGGCCGAGAAUCUCCAAAACUAUCCUCCUGAUGAACCUAACUACGUCAACAUCGAAUCACCGCCCUCGAUGCAUCCGUCCAUGAAAAUAUGCGACAUCACUGGGUUAGAGGCACCAUAUCAUGAUCCAAGGACAAACCUUCGUUAUGCAAAUACCGAGGUCUUCAAGCAAAUAAGGGCACUUCCAAAUGAGUACGUGCAGAGGUACCUGGCUCUGAGGAAUGCAGCAGUUGUUCUGAAAUAGCCGCGGCUAAGAGACACAGUCACGCGUGUUUGUUAACUUUAAAUAGCACAGAGCUCAGCUUCAAACUUAGUUCUAGCCUUCUAGUACUGUCAAAGAUCUGUGUAAAACAAUAUUACCCUCUCUGGUAAGUUUAUAACAAUCAAACAAGUUAUUUUCUCCUCCA